AUGCUUGAGACCCAGAUUUCACAAGUAGCCCAAACCACCUCUGCACAAGUUGUACCUGGAGGACAAUUCUCUGGACAAACCCAACCUAAUCCCAAAGGAACAGCAAAUUCUACCACCCUGAGAAGUGGAACCGCUUAUGAAGGACCUAGAAAUCCCAACCUAAGCACAUCAGAAAAACCUAAGGAAGAUGCUGAACCAAAAGACCAGCGACUCGACGAUCCCAAACCUUUAGAAUGUCAUUCCAUAUCCGAGAAUAAACUUGCCAAGAAAGACAAAGAUCCUGGAAGUUUUUCUAUCCCUUGCGUCCUAGGAUAUCAUACCAUAGACAAAGCAUUUUUUGACCUAGGAGCAAGCGUAAGUCUGAUGCCUUUAGCUGUCUGUAAGAGGUUAAAACUGGGAAAACUUCAACCUACUAAGAUAUUAUCACAACUGGCCAAUAGAUCAGUUAAAUACCCCAUGGGUAUUUUAGAAGACAUACCUGUCAAAAUUGGUCAGUUAUACAUUCCGACCGAUUUCGUAGUUAUGGAUAUCAAAGAAGAUGAUGACAUCCCAAUCCUCCUAGGUAGACCAUUCCUAUCGACCGCCGGAGCUAUAAUAGACGUUAAAAAAGGGAAGCUGACUUUUUAG